AUGCCUGCAGACUCCCGUCCGCCGAUUCGCCCAAAUCCACCGCGAUGGACACCAGCCACAGACCCCUCUACAAUAGAAAUCCCGGGUCUGGACACUACCGCUUCUGUUAAUGAUCAAAUAGAACAGAUUGAACAGCUCAUCACGAUCAAGCUUCAGAACAUUGACGAAAAUUUCUCUAAGAUGCAUAACAUACUUGCAAAUCAAAUGCUUCCUGCGGUGAAGAGAUAUGCGGUCGGAACGGAACCAGUUCGGGAGGCAGCGAAGUUUUGGACUUCAUUCUACGAGCAAGCUGCUCAGAUUCGUAUCCCAACGUUCGAGGACUAUUCAUCCGUGAAUGAAGCAGCAGAGGAGACGCAGGGAGAUUCCAGUCGGCACUCUGGAGCUUACACCAACGAAGACCAUGAUAACCAAACUGAUGAGCAGAGUGUAGCCUCCACCGAAAAUUCUUUCAUGCCGAACCAGGCGGCUUUCUCAUCAACGCCGGCAACGGCCCAUCGCCAGCGGUUGGCACAACCACACGACAGUUUCGGGAGUCAUGCUGACGAUCCAUCAUGGUCGGCAUCUUUGGAGUCGCCAUUGGUACGUAUAGAUCGAGAGCUCCAGAAUUUUUCGAUGGACGAAACAGCUACCCCUCCACUGGCUGCCCCCUCAUUCCGCCAUCAACAAACACCAUCUAUGUUCGAUGAUUCACAGGAACAGGAACAAUCGAUGAUACCAAGAACAGACAAAGGGAAGGGGAGAGAAGUCCCUCGAUCUCUCCUCAGGAACGUUCUUAAAAGCACCGUCGAUCCUUCCAUCGUCUCCCCGCUCAAAUUCAAGAAGCCCAAAACGCCGGUUCCGAAGGGCUAUAACCCCUACUUACCUCCAAAUACGAAGCCAUCUGAAUGGAGUGGUCUCGUCGACUUGUCUGAUCCAUCAUCCCGCACACCUCAACGGUUUCGUCGCGACGCGGGUCACACCUCUGCCAUCCGUUCGUCUACUCCUGACCAGGAUGACGACGACUCGUUUGAUGGCCUUCCUCCCGGAAUGUCUCCGCCAAGGCUAAUGUCUCCUGCUCGCCCGCCUCGCUCUACUGCUGAGCUUGGCCUUGGCCGUACUCCAAUCAGAGAAGCUGCCUCACGGAUCUCUCGUGACAUCCUCUUCGAUAUGCAGCGACAAACGGCCUUCUCGGGUUAUAAGCAUAGUAUCGUGGAGUCUAGUAUGAGUACCGUUCCCACUCCACCAUCACUCUCUCGAUAUGCGCUACAGGACUCUACAGAGAGUAGCAUGGCAAGCCUCGAUACGAUGAUGCGUCGCGUUGGGCUUAGUACUGUAGCCGAGGCUGUAAUGAACCCACAACCUCAAGAGGAGGAAAUGAUGACUCCGAUACAUAGUCAAGAGGAUACGGGCUCCGACUCUGAUGAAGAUGACGACGAGAUCAACAACACUGCUCAUCCUUCUGCGGCAUUCCUGAUGGCAUCUCGAGCACGAGGGGCAGAUGAUUCAUUUGGAUCGUCCAAUCAUUCAGGGGAUUCAUUCGAGGAAGAUGUAGGAGGCGACGCUCCUAUCCACCCCUUCGCUGGCAGUAUAGAGGACGACGGGUUCGAUGAUUCGUUCGAUGAUGAUUCGUUUGGAGGUAAUAUGGUGGGUGGCGUAGCGACGGAGGAGACAGAGACAGUGUUCGGUGUUCUGCCGGUGCAGAGGCAGAUAGGACACGAUGGGCAAUUCAGGAUGCUUGGUGAGGAUAUAUUGCAAGACACAAUUGGACUCACUGGACAGAUGGGGGCACCUGGCGGUGUUGCUGAGAGCCCGACACCCGCCAAUUGGCCAAAUACCGAUCGAUAG